AUGACGGCCAUGGACCUAUCUCAACUCACCAAAAAGACGUUCAACGUCUUGCGUGGCUUCACCUACACGUAUUACACCUUUACUUCUCAGAACUCCAAGCCGACUCUUUUCCUCUUUCACGGAUGGCCCGAUUCAGCACGCCUAUGGACCGGCUUCAUCCACAACUACCUCAUUCCCCGCGGUUACGGCGUCGUAGCCCUCGAUAAUCUUGGCUUUGGCGACUCUUCUAAGCCCACAGACCCCCAGUCAUACGCCCUGAACCACCUUACAGCUGACGUCGUUGAGAUCCUUGAAGCUGAGGGCUUGGACAGCGUAGUAUCUGUUGGUCACGACUGGGGAUCUUUAAUUGCCCAGAGGCUGUACAACUUCUAUCCUAAGCGUGUACGCGCAUUGAUCCUAGUCAGCGUGCCCUAUAUGGUACCGACAGAUCAUUUCGACCUUGAUGCGAUAAACGACAUGACGAAGAAGAUGUUUGGUGCUGGUAUCUUUGAGUACUGGUACUUCUUUACUGCUGACGACGCUGUGGAUCUUAUGAACCAGAACGUCGAAUCUGUAUACAGCGUGGUCUUUGGCGAAUCUGAUACCUGGCUUAAGACCUGGUGCGCUCCUGGCGGAAUGCGGAAAUUUAUCACUCAGGGCUGCACCCAGCCCACUAUCUCGUUCGCUACCCCAGAGCACAAAACGGAUUUCAUGGACCGCUACCGAAAAGGAGGAUUCGCUUCAUCCAUGUGCGCUUACACAGUGACCAGUUCUGGGGUGCGGACCGAGUCAGAUAGGAUGCUGACCGAUGAGUCGAUCACGGUCAGGGUACCGGUGUUCUACUGGGGCGGCAAGCAGGAUUAUGUAUGCAGGCCUGAGAUGUCGCAGCAAGCCAUUGCUCAAGGCGUGCUGCCGGAUGUACAGACUGCCCUUAGGACCGGUGGACACUGGGCCUUUCUUGAGACGCCGGCCCAGUUCGGGCAGGACAUUCUGGGUUGGCUGCAAGACAAAUUUGAGUAG